UCAGGGUCCGGGAUCGGCAGUAGGACGCGGCGCUGCGCAGAGGUGGAUCUAGGAGAUUUGAGUCGCCCCUUCAUUUGGUUCCUUUUUGUAUUUUGUUCUUGUCCUUGACACAUGUAUUAUUGCUCUUCUGUCGGACUAUCUCACUUCGGGCAAAUCGAUAAUAGAAAAUAAUCCAAUAUAAAAUCCGAAUCCCGAAAUGGCUCUUGGUCUCUUCGUGAAGAUGCAGAAGAUGCUCCGGUCUCCCCCGCGGCGGGUCGCGCAGUAGGAGAAGCUCUCUGAAGAACUGAGAUCAAGUUGUGAUUUGUGGACGUGAAGGAGCUGCUAUCCCGUCGGAGUACAGAGGAUCUCUAGAAGAACAACUUCCUAUCUGGAACCCUCCAGUGAAGACAACUUCCUGUCUGGAACCCACCAGUGAAGACAAAUUCCAGUCUGGACCUCAUCUCUAGAAGGCCACCUUGUUUCUGGAGCCCCUCCAGUGAAGAUAACGUCUGGAGACCCCUGUAGUAAGUUCCCUCGGAAUCGUCCGACCUCUGCUUCCACCACCACCUCCCCAUCGGUGCCACCCCUACCACCACGCCAACGGCCAUGGCUCGGAGCUCCUCUGGACGGACAGCUCCAGUCCUACAGCCAUCUCCCUGGAGCCAGUGAGCACAGCGCACAGAGAAGGAACAGAAUAGAGGAGCUCAAAGGCCAGAGGAGCUGGGAGCCCGUCCCUCUGGCAGCCAGCAGGGGGCGCGCCCGGCCAGAAGCCACACUGGGACUAUGCAGCUGGGGCCGGUGGCGCUGGCACUGGUGAUGCUCAGCUCCAUGAGCACCAGCCUCCCGGAGGAGGGGCUCGCCCAGCCAGCGCUGCCCAGGGCCCGGAGGCACCGACGGGUCAGCGCCGAGGGUCUGGCGGUGUGCCCCAAGGGCUGCGAGCGCUGCUCCGAGUACAACGGCUGUGUCAAGUGCAAGCCCAAACUCUUCAUCUUCCUGGAGCGCAACGACAUCCGUCAGAUGGGGGUGUGCCUGGCCUCGUGUCCCGUGGGGUACUUCGGCAUGAGGAACCCCGAAACCAACCGCUGCACGCAGUGUAAAAUAGAAAACUGUGAGGCCUGUUUCAACCGCAACUUCUGCACCAAGUGUAAGGACGGCUUCUACUCCCACCGGGGGAGGUGUCAUGGGACCUGUCCCCCCGGCCUCACCAACACCAACGGCACCAUGGAAUGCAUCGGCCAGCCGGUGGUGGAGUGUGAGCUGGCCGGGUGGAGCGCGUGGGGCUCCUGUAUGAAGAAGAACAAGACGUGUGGCUUCAAGAAGGGCUCCGAGGCCCGUGUGAGGCUGCCCCUCCGGUCCGGCCCCCCGGUGGACGGGCCCCUGGGCCCCCCGGUGGACGGGCCCCUGGGCCCCCCGGUGGACGGGACCCCCCCGGGCCCCGGGGCCCCCCCGGCUCCGCUGGCCCCCCCGCCCUGCGAGCCCCAGACAGAGAGGAGGAAGUGUGUGGUGAUGAAGACGCCGUGCACCAGAGGGAGGAGGAACAAGGGCGAUCGACGGCACGACCCCGGCACCCGAAAGGAGCGAGAGAACAGUCGGGGGAGAGGGAGGGAGGGAGGGGGAGCAGGAGGAGCAGGAGGAGCAGGAGGAGCAGGAGGAGCCAAGAGACGGAAGGCCCAGAGCCAGACCAGCACCCAGCCCAGCUCCACCACCCGCUCCUCCGUCAGCUAACCGGAUCCACCACCCGCUCCUCCUUCAGCUAACCGGCUCCACCACCCACUCCUCCAUCAGCUAACCGGCUCCACCUCCCACUCCUCCAUCAGCUAACCGGCUCCACCUCCACCCACUCCUCUGUCAGCUAACCGGCUCAACCACCCACUCCUCCGUCAGCUAACCGGCUCCACCACCCACUCCUCCAUCAGCUAACCGGCUCCACCUCCACCCACUCUUCCGUCAGCAAACCGGAUCCACCACCCACUCCUCCGUCAGCUAACCGGCUCCACCUCCACCCACUCCUCUGUCAGCUAACCGGCUCAACCACCCACUCCUCCAUCAGCUAACCGGCUCCACCUCCACCCACUCCUCUGUCAGCUAACCGGCUCAACCACCCACUCCUCCAUCAGCUAACCGGCUCCACCUCCACCCGCUCCUCCUUCAGCUAACCGGCUCCACCACCCACUCCUCCAUCAGCUAACCGGCUCCACCACCCACUCCUCCAUCAGCUAACCGGCUCCACCUCCACCCACUCCUCUGUCAGCUAACCGGCUCAACCACCCACUCCUCCAUCAGCUAACCGGCUCCACCUCCACCCGCUCCUCCUUCAGCUAACCGGCUCCACCACCCACUCCUCCGUCAGCUAACCGGCUCCACCACACACUCCUCCAUCAGCUAACCGGCUACACCACCCACUCCUCCGUCAGCUAACCGGCUCCACCACCCACUCCUCCGUCAGCUAACCGGCUCAACCACCACCCACUCCUCCAUCAGCUAACCGGCUCCACCACCCACUCCUCCGUCAGCUAACCGGAUCCACCACCCACUCCUCCAUCAGCUAACCGGAUCCACCACCCACUCCUCCGUCAGCUAACCGGCUCCACCACCCACUCCUCCGUCAGCUAACCGGCUCAACCUUCACCCACUCCUCCGUCAGCUAACCGGCUCAACCUCCACCAACUCCAUCAGCUAACCGGCUCAACCUCCACCAACUCCGUCAGCAGAGAGCGACUGAGAAACAUUUGCAGUUGGGGUUUUAAUAAACUAUCAUGUAGAGAAUCUGAGGUUUGACACCAGGUCUCCCCCAGACCAGGACCAGGUCUGACCCAGACCAGGACCAGGUCUCACCCGGACCAGGACCAGGUCUCCCCCAGACCAGGACCAGGUCUCACCCGGACCAGGACCAGGUCUCCCCCAGACCAGGACCAGGUCUCACCUAGACCAGGACCAGGUCUCACCCGGACCAGGAACAGGUCUCACCCAGACCAGGACCAGGUCUGACCCAUACCAGGACCAGGUCUCACCCGGACCAGGACCAGGUCUGACCCAGACCAGGACCUGGUCUCACCCGGACCAGGUCUCACCCAGACCAGGACCAGGUCUGACCCGGACCAGGACCAGGUCUGACCCGGACCAGGACCAGGUCUCACCCAGACCAGGACCAGGUCUGACCCGGACCAGGACCAGGUCUCACCCAGAACAGGACCAGGUCUGACCCGGACCAGGACCAGGUCUGACCCGGACCAGGACCAGGUCUGACCCGGACCAGGACCAGGUCUCACCCGGACCAGGACCAGGUCUGACCCGGACCAGGACCAGGUCUGACCCGGACCAGGACCAGGUCUGAACGAGGAGCAGGUCUGACGAGGAGCAGGUCUGAACGAGGAGCAUGGAGGGAGAGGAGACCAGCGUGAGGAUCCACAUGAGGGACGCUCUAACAUCCACACAGGAGGAGCUGGAGAGAGGAGAACACGGCCCUCCUCUCAGAGAGGCGUGAGGAGCAACUCCAUCUGCCCUCCUGCCCCGUCGUAUAUACCCC